AUGCGUCCCUUGACAGAUACCGAGACGCAAACUCUACUAGCCAAGCUGGCCAACUACACCGGCAACUCGCUCAAGAGCCUCAUCGCUCCCCUGGAGGACGGCGACCGCUAUGUUUUCCGCCUCCACAAGGAUCGGGUUUACUAUGUCAAGCUCAGCAUAGCGAACUUGGCCACCACGAUAGCGAGGGAUAAGCUAAUGUCGCUCGGUACUUGCCUGGGCAAGUUCACAAAGUCUGGAAAAUUCCGCCUACACAUCACAGCCCUCCCGAUCCUCUCCGAGCACGCCCGCUACAAGAUGUGGGUUCGCUCAAAUGGCGAGAUGCCCUUCCUUUACGGUGGAAAUGUCGUCAAGGCUCAUGUAGGACGUCAGACAGACGACUGCCCGGAGCACCAGGGUAUUGUGGUCUACAACAUGCAGGACGUUCCCCUGGGUUUCGGCCUGACCGCCAAGAGCACCGCCGACGCCCGACGACUCGACCCUACCGGUAUUACUUGCUUCAGACAAUCCGAUUGUGGCGAGUACCUGCGUGACGAAGAUGCCCUGUUCGCUACGGGUUAA